UGGCCACAACAGAGAGGCUGCCAACUUUCUCUUGCAUUAGACUGAGCAACAGUAAGAGAGACGUUUAUAUUUGUUAGGAAACGGUGAUUGUGGACUUCUAAACAGAGAUCUUUCAGACUGUUUUACAUCACACAAGGGGGCAAAGGAGCAUGCAAGAAAGCAGUAACUUUGGACUGCAAGUGAGAAUGCCUUCCUGAGACCGACAGGCACAUAAACACAAACGGCACCAGCAAUCCCAUCUCACAGACCUGUGAGUGCAUGGUCACAAGGGGAAGAUCUUCAUCACCAUCAUCAUCAUUCAUCACAGGGGCACCGGGUCUCUCUAGCCCUGCCAUACCAACUCGAACAUGUGUUGGCAACUUGCACAGGCAUCAUGAUCUCUCACUACCCAUUGGCAUCGUUCCUUCCCUGGCCGCCCAUCCCACACUACCUGGAGGUAGAUGGGGAGGGAGGGGUUGCCCUGCAGAGGUACCAACCACGGUCCCCAGAGAGCAGUCCACGACACUGGAGCUCUGUGCAGGACUGGGGGGAGGAGGUCGAGGAAGGGGCCAUAUACAACGUGACGCUGAAGAGGGUCCAAAUCCAGCAGGCGGCGAACAAAGGCGCAAGAUGGCUGGGGGCAGAGGGCGACCGCUUGCCCCCAGGUCACACAGUCAGUCAGCUGGAGACGUGUAAGAUCAGAAGUAUCCGUGCGGGGACACUGGAGCGCUUAGUGGAGACAUUGCUCACAGCGUUUGGUGAUAAUGAUCUGACCUACACCAGCAUCUUCCUCUCCACAUACAGGGCCUUCGCCACCACACAGAGUGUACUGGAGCUGCUGUUGGACAGGUAUGGCAGUUUUGAGGAUUGUGAAGGGGACAGUAACCAGAGUCGGUCUGGAAAGUGCAGAGGCGCUGUUAGAACAGCUUUAGCCUCUAUUCUGAGAGCCUGGUUGGAUCAGUGUCCAGAGGACUUUCAAGAACCACCGUCAUAUCCAAGCCUGCAUCGUGUGCUGGGUUUCCUGCAGAAGGCCAUGCCUGGCUCAGAGCCAAUGCGCCGGGCUCAGAGUCUGCUAGAACAAUUGCGUGCCCAGGCCAGCCUAGAGAACGAAACUGAUGGAAGCUUCCUGGGCAACAACUCCUUCUGCCUGGCGGAAGAUGAGGAAGUGGUGAUCGAGGUUCAGGAGGACUUCCUAUCCUUCGAGGUUGACCUUGUAGCAGAGCAGCUGACCUACAUGGAUGCGCUGUUGUUUAAGAAGAUGGUUCCUCAUCAUUGUUUGGGAUCGGUCUGGUCUCAGCGUGAUAAGAAGGAUGGGAAACAGAGCGCACCCACCAUCCGUGCCACCAUCACCCAGUUUAAUGCAGUGGCUGCGUGCGUGGUCAGUACCAUCCUCCGCCAUCGGCAAAUACGCCCAUACCUGCGCUCUCGCGUCAUCCAUCGCUGGAUUGAUAUUGCACAGGAGUGUCGAAUCCGUAAGAACUUCUCGUCUCUGAGAGCUAUAGUGUCAGCGCUGCAGUCCAACCCCAUCUACAGAUUGAAGAGAGCAUGGGCCUCUGUUUCCAAAGACAGCAUGCAGAUGUUUGAAGAGCUGUCUGAUAUUUUCUCCGACCACAAUAAUUACCUUACAAGUCGAGAACUGCUAAUGAGGGAGGGCACCUCAAAAUUUGCCAGCUUGGACAGCUGUGCCAAAGACCAUCAGAAAAGAUCGCAAAAGAGACUGCAGUUACAGAAAGAGAUGGGUGCCAUGCAGGGGACAAUCCCAUAUCUGGGCACAUUUCUCACAGACCUGACCAUGCUUGAUACAGCACUGCCUGACCAAGUGGAGGGAGGACUGAUUAAUUUUGAAAAGCGCCGCAGAGAGUUUGAGGUGAUCGCUCAGAUUAAGCUCCUGCAGUCUGCGUGUAACAGUUACUGUCUGACCCCUGACCCCACGUUUCUGCGCUGGUUUAAAAGUCAACCUCAGCACACAGAGGAGGAGAGCUACGCGCUCUCGUGUGAGAUUGAAGGACUGGGCGACAACAGCCCAACGUCACCAAAACCCCGCAAGAGUAUGGUGAAGAGACUUAGCCUACUCUUUUUAGGAACUGAUACCACAAACACAAGCUCUCCCGUGAGAGAGAGUCCUCGGUCGCCCCCUACUGGAAGCUCAGGGGAGAGCAUGGACUCUGUCAGUGUGUCUUCCAGUGACUCAAGUCCUUCAGAGAGCGAGGGCAUGACACCCACACACAUCAUAGAUACACAUCUAAAGAAGCUGUCAGAGUCUUCCUCCUGUACCUCAUUGCACUCCAUGGACACCUCCUCCUCCUCGGCCAGUGCUACCACAUCUCUGGCCUCCCCGAUGCUGUCCGGGCCCCCCUGCACACACCGCCGCUCGGUCUCGCUGACGCCCAUGACUCCCACCUCACCCAGUUUUCCUCCUGCCUACAAUACACAAGCUCAGGAUGCCUGCAUCAUCAGAGUGAGCCUCGAACAGGGCAACGGUAACCUCUACAAGAGCAUCAUGCUGACUAGUCAGGACAAAACUCCAGCAGUGAUCUCUCGAGCCAUGGCCAAACACAACCUGGAGGACGAGCAGGCUGCAGACUAUGAGCUGGUGCAGGUCAUUUCUGAGGAGAGAGAGUUGGUUAUCCCUGACAAUGCCAAUGUGUUUUAUGCCAUGAGCACCUCUGCAAACUUUGACUUCUUGUUGCGUCUGCGAGGGACGGAGGGGAGGCCAGUUCAGCUGCGCAGUCGUUGCAGCUCUACUCUGCCACACACACAGCAACGCACCACUUUGUCCCACGGGCUCAGCAAGGUCACACUGUGACCUCUGCCCUUUUUUGGACAGGAGAGAGCUUUGUACAAAUACUAAUCGAGGGAGGAGACGUAGAAAAUGGUUUUAAAGACUAUUGACUUAGUAAAAAAAAAAUAUGCCAUCUCAAGGUCUUCCUUUCUGCCUUUUGAAGAUAUAUACUUUCUUAUAGUAGCACCUACACCAUCAGAUAUCCUCCCAAUAGGCCGGGCACUCUCUGGCCCGCAUGUCCCUCCCUCCAUAUAGCUGGAUAUUUUGCACAUGUGCAGGAGAGUCUCCUGCUUCUUGUCAGUAUUUUCAAAAUAGCACACUUCUUCCCAGCCAAGACGCCUACACAAGUUCCUUGGAGAGUGAGAGGGAAGGAAAGAAGUGGUGGGAAGAGAACUUAAAUGACAGCCAUGUUGCCUUUAUAAAUGGUAAUGGUGGAACUCUUGCAUCAGUAUUGAAGAUGAUCGAUAGGAGCUGUGAUGUUGUCAUCGUUUUCAGUGUGUCCUUUUUGUGUCCCCUUGUGCACUGUGUGGAUAAUGUGGACUGCAUACUUAGACUUAAAGUGCUUAGACUGGCUGCUGUCACUAAAGAUCCUGGCAUAGCAAUCCAUAGAGUUCCUCUUCUGAAGUGUUACUCUCUUCUAAUAUUACUCUAAUUGUAGCUUCUUAGUUAAGGCCAAAACUGUUUCCUCUAGGUAUAUUGAAUGAUGCAUAUCUCUGAUGAAUAGUCUGAUACCCAAAUUCAUGCUGCCUAUUUUUUAAUGACCUUCUCUGCCUACUCUAAGCAUUUUAUCUCUAUUACCAUGUUUCUCGUAUUGUGAGCUGUGUGACGAAUGCAGAAAAUAUGCAUUCUGAUUGGUUCCUACUUGGUUUUAUCAAGUCUGUGGAAUUGUCUGUCCUUUGAUGAUUGGAUCCAUGUUGUGUCUUUAAGGUGUGGUUACACCCAUAGGAUGGGUUUCUCUUCUGAAACCUGGAUUGAGCUGCCUUCCUCACUGAUACAGUGGCACUUGCUUAAGGGAUGGGCGGAGUCAGUAGGUGUGUACUACAAAGAGCUCUUGGUCCACUGUUGUAGCCUUCAAACAAUGCUUUAUUAAUAUUUUUUAUUUUUGUUUCUUUUUUAAAUGUGUUUUUGUAAGAGCUGAAGAAAUAUCCAUGAUAUCUUUGAGAAAAGGAUUUUGAAAUGUUUUUAAAUACUUUAACUAAAAUGAAAAGAAAAAAGUUUAAAAAGCUGUGACAACGAGUGUGUGUGUGUGAUUGUAAAGUGAGCAUUAUGAAAAGUCAGACAAUUCCACUACACAAUUUUUUUUUAGCCUAUUCUCAAUUUCAUAACAAAUUUCCAUCAAAUUGAAUUGUGUAAUGUUUAACAAAAUUAAAUGAAUAUACUUUAAAAUAUUUAUAUUUUUAAAUUUAAUUUUAUUAAAGAUUACUCAAUUCAAUUUGUUGGAAUUUUGUUAUGAAAAUUAAAUGCGUAAAUCUUACAAUUAUUUUUUUUGGACGCAUGACAUUUAGGACUGCAAGACAUUUGGUAUUAACUGAGUUUUUCAACCAGCCUAAUAAUUCACUCUCACAGUAACCGACACCAAGUGAAACCUUUUCCAAAACCUUUGAGACAUGUUCCUUCUCUGCAGCUGAUGAAUAUCUCAUAUAUUUAUAUAAAAAAAUAUUUUUUACACUAAAAAAAUUGCGCAGGCAUUUUUUUUUAAACACCUAACGGUUUUGAAAGGCACAUGAAACUCUUGCCUUUAAACCAGUUCUCUCUCUACAUAAUGUCCUUUAUAUCAUUAAACCUGUUAGUGUGGUGUCUAAUACUUGUUAGUAUUCUGUCUAUAUUUAGAUUAACACAUCCUGGGGUCACUCUGGGUAAUACAUCAACAGACACCAAAUUUAAAAUGUCCCAAACUUUCUUUUGAUUUGUUUUGUUCUCUCAAAAUAAUUGAAUGACACUUAUAUCUGUUACAUGGAACAUACAAGACUUUGAUGACACUAACAGUUUCAGUAUAAAAUGUAGUGUUUUAAAAGUAGUUGGGCAGUAGUGUUUAUUUUGGUUAAUUUGUCUCGAUUCAAAUCCAUUCAGCACUUGUGAAUUUCCUCAAUUCUUUAUUUUGAAUAUUCCUUCACUACCAAAGAAUUGUCUUUCUACAACAAGUUAGUGAAUAAAUUAUUAUCAUUAUGAUAAAUGAUGUUUUGUAAUUGAAUAUUACUUUUCAUGAAUUAAAUUGAGACUGACAAGUACUCUGGAAA